AUGGUUAGGACCCGAGGAUUAGGUCGUGCCUUAGGGCACGAUACUGGCAGAGGUGUGGGUAGAGGAGAUCAUGAUGAUUCUGAUGAUGCUCCGCAGCGUCAACGGCCUACGGCAUCCGCACGUAGGCAACAAGUACCUGUCACUGUUGCGAACGAUGAGCCAGUGGUCUCUGCGACAGAUGCUGAUGGAGCUUCGGUUGAGGCUGACGUAUAUGCGGAUGAGCCGAUAGCAGGAGGUGAUGUACAGGACACUGGGGUAGACACUCCUGCAGACACAGGCGCACAGGCUGCUGAGGAUGAGCUUGAGGGAUUUCCGGGUGGUCCGAGGGACCCAUCUGUGCUGACCGAGUAUGUGGAUCACAUUGCAGGUAACAUAUGGAUGAGAGAGGAGCGUCCUGAGUUGAAGUUAUCCUUUCACGGGAGAAAGGUGCAUAGUUUAGACAGGUCUGUCCUUGCCAUUGAGGGGCUAGUUGCUGGGACAACACUAAGUCCUCUGAUCGCGUGUUCCAUAGACACUGGCGAUCGGGGACUUUUGUCAUCGUUUGUCGAGCGGUGGCACCGGGAGACUUCUAGUUUUCAUCUCCCUGUGGGAAAGGUGACGAUCACGCUGGAUGACAUCACGUCUCUUCUGAAUCUGCCCGUGAUUGGUGACUUGCAUGCCUUUCAGCCCGUGCACGUGGAUGAUGUUGUACAGAUGCUGGUGGAGUUAUUGAUGGUCACUGUAGAGGCUGCCACGACUGAGACAGCGCAGUGUCGUGGACCGUAUGUACUCCUGCAAUGGAGUGCAACCAAUGUUCAUGUUGUGUUUUUGGAGACCCUUCGUGACCUCAGUCAGACUAGGAGGUACGCAUGGGGAGUAGUUAUGCUGGUGCAUAUGUACAACCACCUGAAUGAUGCUUCUAUCAGCACCAGCCGACAGCUUAGUGGUUACAUCACGAUGUUGCAGUCCAUUGCUGAUCCGGACUACGACGAGGAUUCAUCGUGUGCCUAUAGGUGGAUUGCUACGAAGAAGACCGUGAAGACCAUACGUACACCGACGUACAGGGAGCGCCUGGACUGA